AUGAAUCAGGACAUUGAGUCAGGCUCUGCCCAGAUAAGGUCAAAGGGCUCAAGCUCUUUGUUCAUAAAUGGGCGAUGUACGUGGCCAGGCUGUGACAGCUGCUUUGAAGAAUACCCAUAUUUUUUGAAACACCUCAAUAAUGAUCAUGCAUUUGGAGAUAAAGCUAUUGCCCAGUGGAAGAUUCAGCAAGAGCUAGUUCAGCAUCUGGAAAAUCAGCUCAUUGUAGAGAAAGAGAAACUACAAGCAAUGCACCAUCACCUCAAUCUUCCUGAGCACAGGUCGGUGCAUAUGAGAGCAGUUUCAGACUGGCCAGGCAGACUGUCGGUGAGUGGGCCACUGUCCAUGGUAACAUAUGGAGCUGCAGAGAGUGUCAGUAAAGGACCAGCAGAACUGGGCCAACAGGGUUCUUGGAACACUCCUGUCCCUAACCUGCUGGCAGAUUUCAUCACCGGUUUGGAAUAUUACAAACACACUAACGUCAGACCUCCGUACACCUACGCCUUCCUGAUCAGAUGGUCAAUACUAGAAUCGCCUGACAAGCAGCGUACGCUGAAUGAAAUCUACAACUGGUUCCAAAGAAUGUUCUUCUACUUUCGACACAACACCGCAACAUGGAAGAACGCUGUUCGGCACAACCUCAGUCUUCACAAGUGUUUUGUGCGUGUGGAGGGAGGAAAGGGAGCUGUCUGGACGGUGGAUGAAGCUGAGUUUCAAAGGAGAAAGGGGCAAAAGUUAAACAGGUGA